ACAUUUCAUCAUUUCCAAACAUUAUGCUACAAGAGUCCUUUACUGCCGAAGUUACAGAAUCUAUAUCCACUACUAAUGAAGUUACAGAAUCUAUAUCCAAUCUCGUACCGGCAUCUUCUACUAUUACUCAAGGAAUACGACAACCUUUGGGCAAUCUUAUUGAGGUUUCUAACCCAGAGUAUCAUAAACCAAGAGGGCGGCCUCUCAAACGACUUAAAUCAGCUGUUGAAGAAGAUUCAACAUCUGUUAAUAAGUCAGAGAAUACUGUUCUUAAAACGUGUGGAUAUUGCUCCGGCAAAGGCCAUAAUAUUCGUAGUUGCAAAAAAUAUAAAUUUGAUAUGG